GAGGAGGAAGAAGGAGGGGGAAAAUUGACUUCCUUUUUUUUUUAGUAAUUAAUUGAUUGAUUUGGCCAUCAGAAUGGGUAGCAACGCCAGCCCCAAGGCACAAGUCACCCUCAAAGACUUCCUCGCCUCCAUCGCGACCAUCCGCGGCGACCUGUCCAACAUCACCGCGCCGCCCUUCGUCCUAGACACCAAGUCCGUCGUCGAGCUACCAGGUUUCUGGGCAGAACGGCCGUCCCUGUUCGUCGCGCCGGCCUCGUCUUCCGAUCCUGCCGAGCGAGCCCUGUUGGUCCUGCGCUGGUUCCUUGUCUCGCUCAAGAACCAGCAGUACGGCGGGAGAUCUGAGGACGAGGGGGUCAAGAAACCGCUGAAUGCGUUUCUGGGGGAGUGUUUCCUUGCGAAGUGGACAGAAAACGAUGACGACAACAACGAUGACAGCAGUGGUGGGGAGACGCUGCUUGUGUCGGAACAGGUAUCGCACCAUCCUCCUGUGACGGCCUGCCGUGUCUGGAAUGAGAAGCAUGGCGUCUACGCUGAGGGCUUCACCCGGCAGGAGGUCACGUUGAGCCUGGGAACUGUAACAAUUAAGCAGAUGGGCCAUGCGCUGCUGACGCUCAAGAACCACGGUGACGAGACAUAUCUCAUCCCGUUGCCGGAUGUGAAGGUGAAAGGCAUUCUCUCGGGUCUCUCUGGGGCGUAUCCUGAGCUGGAGGGAACGUAUACCAUCCCAAGCACGUCGGGAUACUACUCAACCAUCGAGUUCAGUGGCAAGUCUCUGUUGAGCCGUGGCGGCCAGAGGAAUGAAUUCACUGCCAAGCUCUACGGGCCGGGCAAAUCAUCUUCUAACGACAAUAACAACGCGGAACCACUUUAUACCCUCACAGGCCAAUGGACCGACUCCUUUACGAUUUACAAAGGUGCUGAGACCUCACAAGAUGCGGCGUUUGAGACUCUAGUUCUCAAAGACCUACCUACAGUACCACUGACGCUCCUGGAGGAGGAUCUCGACGCGCAGGAUCCAUGGGAAACACGUCGCGCUUGGAAGGGGGUGCGCCAGGCCUUGGAAAACGGCGACAUGUUGGGAACGGCCAAGGCUAAAUCAGCUGUUGAACAAGGGCAACGGGAUAUGCGCAAGGACGAGGAGCGGGCGGGCAAGACUUGGGAUCUGGAAGUUUGA